UCCUUCCUCCCUCUUCCUUCCUCCCUUCCUUCCAUUGCUUUGGAGGAGGCUCCUUACUACCAGCAGAUGGCAAUCCAGCCCCAUCAAACUCUGCUGCUCUCCCAGCCUUCCUAGGGCUUUUCCCCGCCUCCAUUCAGGGGAGGCUCAAAACUAAGGGCUGUCCCCCCCCCACCUUUGCAGCCAGGACCAAUGGACCUGCGACCAGGAAAUGCGCUGGCCUUUGUUUGGCCCCUUUCUCACGUGCAGCAGGGCUUCCACGCGUGUUAGCAUUCCUCCGGGUCCUCUCUGCCCUGAGGCUGCUGCAGACGAUGUGGCCUUUGCUGCUUCUUAGGAGGGCGCAAACUCUGCUGCUGGGGCUCAAAACCCCAAGAAGAACCCGCCAUCCCUUUGGGAUUUUAGGGACAGGGGCGAGAUGCCAGCUUUGCCAUACCAGCCAGCAGUCCGAUGCCAACAAUCCCAUGGAAGAGGAAACCUAUUACCCGCUGUAUCCCGGCCACAUCCCCACCAGCCCUUUGCAGAAAGUCCUGCUGGCGGCCGGCUCUGCUUUCAUGGCUCUCUACGAUCCUUAUCGACAUGAUAUGAUAGCUGUCCUUGGAGAGACUACUGGUUUCUUGGCUCUGAGGAACCUCAGAGAGCGGAUGAAGAACGACCCAGAGGGAUACCGGAUCCUACAAGAGCGGCCUCGGAUUCGUCUCUCCACGCUGGAUAUCACAGGCCUUCGGGCGCUUCCGGAUGGGACCUUUGGACGGGAAUAUGUCCGCUUUUUGGAUGAUAAUAGGGUUUCUCCAGACACAAGGAUGCCUGCCAGGUUUGUUGACGACGGAGAACUGGCUUACGUUAUCCAGAGGUACCGAGAGGUCCAUGACCUGAUGCAUACCCUCCUCGGCAUGCCCACCAAUAUGCUUGGGGAGGUCACGGUAAAGUGGUUUGAGGCAAUCCAGACAGGCCUGCCCAUGUGCAUUCUGGGAGCAGUGUUUGGCCCCGUCCGUCUAAACGCCCGGAAGCUCCGCAUCUUGACCUCUGAGCUGAUCCCGUGGGCCCUUAGGAGUGGAAACAGCGCCAACUGCUUCUUGAAUGUUUAUUACGAAGAGCGCUGGGAGCAAACCGUGGAAUCCCUUCGCAACGAAAUCGGCAUCCUGCCGCCCCCAGUGGUUCGAGUCUAAGCUUUUUGCUGAGAACAAGGAGAAGAUCUUUAUCAAACAGAUCUGGUGCCAACGAAAGGAGGAAUGAACGUUGGGAAAUUAAACUGGUCUUGUGUCGGAUCAGCAGCGGGGCAUCGAUGGUUUGUCCAGCCAAAAGAUUUACUAACUCUUCAGGAGUGCUUAACGUCUCUUACUCCAUACGACGACAGCAAGUGUAAAGAAUAUGAAGUCAUAUUAAAAUGUGAACAACAACACAUCCAGCUGGUCCCCAAAAACCUUAAAGGGACAUUUUCCUCCUCUCUCCCCAUCUCUUCUUCCUUGUGUGCUGUGCCUCCAAGACACUUUUUAGCUAAAGAGCAGGAAAUGAACAUGUUGAAUAGGGAAAGACAGAAAUGAAUUUAUUGGGAAUCCUAACUGCAUAGUCCUUUAGAGUGAACAGCUGGAUACGCAGUCCAUAGUUUAACAAAUUCAAUGACUCUCGGGAUUGGUGAUAGACCACAAUCAUACCAAUGGUUAGGCAUGAAAAAGGCGGCAGGCAAAAACAGCCAAGACAAUACCAAAACUCAGAGCUGCAGAAGAGAAGACUUAAAACUCUUAAAAUGCAGGUUAUAUGGAGUGUGUGUAUAUUUUAUGUGAUUGUAUAUAUACAUAUAUUUUGAUUGAAUUUUAUGACAAUUUUAAAGGUUUGAUCUGUGAGCUGCCUUGGGUCCUCUGGGGAGAAAGGCGGGAUAUAAAUGAAAUAAAUAAAAUAAAUUAUAAUUACUUCCUAGCUUUGCAUAAAUUAGAAAUAGCAUCUCAAUCUGAUGCUCCUUCUUUUCACCUGUGGCCUUUUUUCCUCUUGUGAUGGCCCUAUUUUUAUGUAUUUAUUUUAUUUCCAAUAAUAAUAAUAAUAAUAAUAAUAAA